UUCACUUUGAGUGCUCUCCGUAAACGUCCUCCUGUCAAAUCUUACCACAAAGUGUUCACUGAUGUUUGUGUGAUGGAAGUUGCUGAUUCGCACUGAAGAUGGCAGCAGGACUCAGAGCUCUUCUUAAUCGAGCAUCUUUUGGCUUCACUGCUGUACAAAGAACAUCACUGUGUUUAUCAAGACAGCUCUGCAAUGCCACACCUACAACAACCAAUGAUCCAAAACCAAUCCCCAACCCAGAAAAUGAAUCUCUACUGGAAAAUCUUAACCUUAUGGGUGUUGAUGUUAAAAUGGCCCGCAGACGCCAGCCCGGAGUGCUCCGUAAAAUCUUCACCAAUGAACAAGGUGUGGCAAAGUUUCUUAAAAGCAAAGGUGCGAGCCGUAAAGAGAUUGCAAGUGUCAUAACGCGCUACCCACGAGCUAUAACACGUUCUAUUGAUCACCUUGAAAAAAGAUGGUCGUUAUGGAGGAAUAUUUUCAAAUCUGAUGAGGAAAUUGUUAGCAUCCUGGAUAGAUCUCCUGAAUCAUUUUUUAGAUCAAGCGACAAUGAAAAUUUGGAGAAAAACAUAUCUUUUCUGUCUUCUCUGGGACUCAACUCUAAAGACCUGCACAGACUAUUGACCACAGCACCACGGACAUUUUCUAAUAGCGUUGAACUGAACAAACAAAUGGUUGAGUGUUUACAGGAUGUCUGUGCUGAACUCGGAGGAGACAGCCCAGAACAAUUUGCCAAAACUGUAAUCUCGAAAAAUCUCUAUAUUUUAAUCCGAAGUACUAAAAGAGUCAAAAAUAAUAUUGAUAGCUUGAAAACAUCUCUUCAACUGAAAGAUCAUGAACUAUUAGCUUUGCUUCAAGGUCCAGGGGCAGAGAUUCUAGAUCUUUCCAAUGAAUAUUUGAAGAAAAAUUUCACUAACCUUCAACAGAAAAUGCUUUCACUUGGGUGCAAAAAGUCAGACAUUAAGAAACUGAUCAUACAGCAUCCCAUGGUUUUGUACACUGGACUCGACACUCUGAACUACAAACUGGACUGUCUUGUCAAAGAAGGAAUAACUAUUAAACAGAUAGUGGAAAAGCCCAAGGUAUUAGAGUACAGCACCCAGAACAUUAUGGGGAAGAUAAAGGAGCUAAAAAGUGUUGGAUAUGACUUUCAGAAAAAUGGCAUCAACAUUUUAGACACAAGUCGAAAAAGAUUUGAUGCGAAGAUGGAGAAACUGUCUGCCCUACCACCAGAGGAGUAAGUCUAAUGAAGAGUUGCCAUCAUCAUCCAGAACAUAUCUAUGUAAUUAUCAUAUGCAGACUAUGCA